AUGGCAUCCACAAUAAUCACAACGCUUAAACACUUACAAAUCCCACUAGAAGAGGUUGUAAAGGCCACCAACAACUUUGAUGAAGACAAUGUCAUCGGAGGUGGUGAUUUCGGGAAGGUUUAUAGAGGACAACUCUCGGUGUCCGGGGAGAUGGUGAACAUUGCUGCUCGCAGACUAGAUCCAAAGCAUAGAGGGGGAGGUGUUGAGUUCUGGACAGAGAUUUCUGUUCUUUCUAGCCUCAAGCAUGAGAAUAUAUUGUCUCUGAUUGGGUUUUGUGAUGAGAAUGGUGAAAAGAUCAUUAUAAACAAGGAUGAGGCCACCAAGGGAAGUCUCUCCAUGUAUCUUAGUGACCCAACAACCCUCACAUGGAUUCAGAGACUGAAUAUAUGUGUUGGCGUUGCGCGUGCAUUGAGAUACAUCCAUAACGGUGAGGGGCGGGGUUAUAGUGUCAUACACCGUAACAUCAACAGCUCCACAAUCCUAUUAGACGAUAACUGGGAGGCCAAGUUAUCAGGUUUCGAAUAUUCCAUCAAACAAUCGGUAACACGCAUGGACCUGGUUGUCCUUUCAGAAGCUAUUGGCACAACCGGGUAUAUGGACCCAUCAAUUGUAAAGACGGGAGGUGUAAGUCAAAAGUCAGACAUUUUCUCGUUUGGAGUAGUUUUAUGUGAAAUAUUGUGCGGGAGGAAAGCAUUUAUUCCAGAUGUGGGUGUGGACGAUAGAUUGUUAGCUCCAUUGUUCGUAUCUCACUAUGACAAGAGAUCACUGAAUGAUAUAAUGCUUCCAGAUCAUAUGACCGAGGCAUCACUCAUCGGGUUCUCCAACGCAGCUUAUUCUUGCUUGAAGGAGGACAGGGCACAACGUCCGAAAAUGAACGAUAUUGUCAUUGAGCUUCAGAAAGCAUUGGAAUUUCAACAGCAACUUGAAUAUAUGAGAAAGAACUUGGGACCGUUGAAGAUUCCAUUCCGUACAAUAAUGUUGGCCACCAAAAACUUUUCUGGGGCAUACUAUAUAGGUUGUAACAACUACUGUACGGCAUACUUUAUGGAUAUAGAAAUACCAAGUGAUAUGUCUCGUCGCAACAGAGUACUUACAAAACGCUACCUCCCUGGAGAAGAUGGCGUCGGAGAAGAACUGUUCUUUACGGAUAUGAAAGUGCUUAACAUAUGCAACCAUCCGAACAUAGCCAAAUUACAUGGAUUUUGUGUUGAAGGUUCUGAAAGGAUCCUUAUCCUGAAGAAUUAUAAUUACGGCCUUGAUUCUUAUUUGUCCAAUGACUUCUUGAGGUCUAAAUUUACUUGGGGGAAACGUUUAAAAGUUUGCCUCGAUGUUGCAAAUGCAUUAAAUUACAUUCAUAACGAUAUGAAGGAUCAAAUGACGAUUAUAAACAUGUGUAUAGCGAGCGACAACAUCGUGGUCGACAAUAGGGAGGCAAAGAUUGGUAACUUUUGUGAGGCGGUAAUCCUGCCUCCGAAUCAAGACGAAACUUUUCAUAUGUAUUGUGUUGGCAAUCCUUAUUACAUGGAUCCAGAAUAUAAGCACAGUGGUAAGUUGAAAAAAGAAUCAGAUGUAUAUUGUUUUGGAGUAGUUUUAUUUGAAGUUCUAUGUGGGAGGUUAGCCAAUGACCCGAUAUACCUUAAGAAGGGUGAGCAAGGGCUGGCGAUUAUGGGACGGCGAUGCUUCCAAGAGGGGACAUUACUAAUAGAAAUGAUAGAUCCAACAUUAAAAGAGGAAGGUGUUGAAAACAACUCCACUAUAAAAAGAGGAGUCAACAAAGAUUCCGUGGAGAAAUUUAUAAAAAUUGCACACCAGUGCAUAGCAAAAACCCAAAACCAACGCCCAACAAUGAAAGUGGUCGUCAAGGAGCUUGAAGAAGCCUUGUUCUUACAGGUAACACUAUAG